AUGCCCCUCGCGCUAGUCCCGCUCAGCCUUGCAGACAUAGUCAUCCACACAUUCCUCUACGGAAUAUUCUUCCUCCUCAACCUGGUCUCUGUUUGGUUCAUAUGGUUUCCCCUGCAACGCAGAGCUGAACGUGGUGUUGCGGCGGCGCUCAAGAAGCCUAUGUUUAUUGGGGCUGUCACUCUUUUCGCGACCGUAACUACACAUUGGGUGUGCAAUGUCUUGAGGCUAUUCCAGGCCAUGGUCUACUUCAAACAGGGCACUUCACCGCUCGAGUACUACGCCGAUUUGUCCCAAAGGAUCUAUGCAGUAAAAACCGGUCUGAUAAUGGCGUCUGUCGUCGCUGGAGACAUUAUGAUCGUCUACCGUCUUUGGGUGGUUUGGAGUUGUCAGUACUAUGUAAUCAUACUCCCAUCUAUCAGCGUUAUCGGAGUGGCAAUAUCUGGUUCGGGAAUAACAUACGAACUCACUCAAUUCACGAGAGGAAAGAGUAUAUUUGCGUCGUCAGCUCAGGCCUGGGUCAUUUGUGAGGCCCUUUUCACAAUCUUAACUAAUGUCUACUGUACCGGCCUUAUUGCAUGGCGUAUAUGGUUCACGAACCACCACAGCUUGUCCCUGGACAAUGACAAGUCCCGGUCUUCAUCUGCAUCAAGGCACUUAAUGGCAGCGAUGGUUAUCAUCAUCGAAAGUGCUCUUUUAUACAGCUCGUUCCUCGUCGUUUUCAUCGGAACCUAUGUCGCCAAGCAUCAAAUAGAGUCCCUCAUUGUGGACUGUCUUCCGCCAGUUGCUGGUAUCGCGUUUAGCUUGAUUAACGUGCGGGCCCACCUUUUCAGAGUCAAGUCGGGAUCCAUGCUGCCUUCAACGGUGCCUUCGUUCCAUGUCAGCCGAAGUAACGAUGACGAGGAAGUGCCGAUGGCCUAUCCGAUGCAACCCCUCACUGUCCACAAUGUACAUGAGACCCCCUCGUCUGACUAUGCCCCGGCGUCGGUGGAGGGCGGAAAAGUAACACAUUAG